GGCUUCUCCUCCUUCUUCUCACCCUCUCAUUAACGUUGACGGUGAUUCUUCCGACCUGUUAAGCCGAAACCUCUCUCUCUCUCUCUCUCUCUCUCUCUCUCUUCGUUCCCCUUCUCUCCGCAUUCGCCUCUAUUCCUUGACUCGGAAGCUUAACCGGAUCGCAGCUCUUCUUCGCCACCUUCCUCCCCGAUCUCGGCCCUCCCAAGCCCUAGAUUUCUGGGGUUUCGGGUCAUCAACCCGCGGAUCUCUCCGCCCCUACUCCGCCUCCGCUCCGUCUCCCGUCUCAUCCGAAAAGAUGCCUCUCAGACUAGAAAUCAAGAGGAAACUUGCCCAAAGGUCGGAAAGGGUGAAAUCGGUAGAUCUACAUCCAUCGGAGCCAUGGAUUCUUGCAAGUCUUUAUUCUGGAAGUGUUUGUAUCUGGAACUAUCAAUCACAGACUAUGGUAAAAUCUUUUGAGGUCACUGAAUUACCAGUCCGGUCAGCAAAGUUUAUAGCACGCAAGCAGUGGGUUGUGGCUGGUGCAGAUGAUAUGUUUAUUCGUGUCUACAAUUACAAUACUAUGGACAAAGUUAAAGUGUUUGAAGCACACACAGACUACAUAAGGUGUGUGGCUGUACAUCCAACACUUCCAUAUGUGUUGUCAUCAUCAGACGACAUGCUGAUUAAACUUUGGGACUGGGAGAAGGGUUGGAUUUGUACCCAAAUCUUUGAAGGACACUCUCACUAUGUGAUGCAAGUAACCUUUAAUCCAAAGGACACAAAUACUUUUGCAAGUGCCUCCCUGGACCGCACAGUGAAGAUCUGGAAUCUUGCUUCUCCAGAUCCAAAUUUUACACUAGAUGCACAUUCUAAAGGAGUAAAUUGUGUUGAUUAUUUUACUGGUGGUGAUAGGCCAUAUUUGAUUACUGGUUCUGAUGAUCAGACUGCAAAGGUCUGGGACUAUCAAACCAAGAGCUGCAUUCAAACACUCGAAGGCCAUACACAUAAUGUUUCAGCUGUCUGUUUCCAUCCUGAGCUUCCGAUAAUAAUAACAGGUUCAGAGGAUGGAACUGUUAGAAUUUGGCAUGCAACUACAUAUAGGCUUGAAAAUGCACUAAACUAUGGUCUGGAAAGAGUUUGGGCAGUAGGAUACAUGAAACGGUCAAGGAGGGUUGUAAUAGGAUAUGAUGAGGGAACCAUCAUGAUUAAGAUUGGCCGUGAAGUACCAGUCGCCAGUAUGGACAACAGUGGAAAAAUCUUAUGGGCAAUACACAACGAGAUUCAAACUGUUAAUAUCAAGACAAUUGGAGCAGAUUUUGAGGUUACGGAUGGUGAAAGAUUACCUUUAGCUGUGAAGGAGUUAGGAAGCUGCGAUCUCUAUCCACAAAGUGUAAAGCACAAUCCAAAUGGGAGAUUUGUUGUUGUUUGUGGAGAUGGAGAGUACAUUAUCUAUACCGCAUUAGCAUGGAGGAAUAGAUCAUUCGGAUCUGCUCUGGAGUUUGUCUGGUCAUCUGAUGGAGAAUAUGCAAUCAGGGAAAGCACAUCAAAAAUUAAGAUCUUUAGUAAAACCUUCCAGGAGAGAAAAAGUAUUCGGCCAACCUUUUCUGCAGAGCAUAUUUAUGGUGGAACACUAUUAGCAAUGUGCUCCAAUGACUUCAUUUGUUUUUACGAUUGGGCUGAAUGCAGAUUAAUACGUCGGAUUGAUGUCAAUGUCAAAAAUCUUUAUUGGGCUGAUAGUGGUGACCUGCUGGUCAUAGCUAGUGAUACAUCCUUCUAUAUUCUGAAGUAUAAGAGACAUGUUGUUUUCUCUUACCUAGAAAGUGGAAAGCCAGUAGAUGACCAAGGUGUGGAAGAUGCAUUUGAGCUUCUUCAUGAAGUAAAUGAGCGGGUUCGAACUGGGAUUUGGGUCGGUGACUGCUUCAUUUAUAAUAAUUCUUCUUGGCGACUAAAUUACUGUGUUGGUGGAGAGGUCACAACCAUGUUCCAUUUGGACCGGCCUAUGUACUUGCUUGGAUAUCUUGCUAGCCAAAGUCGGGUAUAUCUUAUCGACAAGGAGUUCAAUGUUAUGGGUUACACCUUACUUCUCAGUUUGAUCGAGUAUAAGACACUUGUUAUGCGUGGGGAUUUGGAACGUGCAAAUGAAGUUUUGCCAGCAAUUCCGCAGGAUCAUCAUAAUAGUGUGGCUCAUUUCCUGGAAUCUCGGGGCAUGCUAGAGGAUGCUCUUGAAGUAGCAACAGAUCCUAACUACAGAUUUGACCUAGCUGUUCAGCUUGGUAGGUUGGAAAUUGCAAAGGCAAUUGCCAUGGAAGUACAAAGUGAAUCAAAGUGGAAGCAGUUGGGAGAGCUGGCUAUGUCUACUGGGAAAUUAGAGAUGGCUGAGGAGUGCCUGUCACAAGCUGUGGAUUUGAGCGGCUUAUUGCUUCUUUACUCAGCUCUCGGUGAUGCUGAAGGGAUAAAAAAACUUGCAUCUCUUGCCAAAGAGCAAGGAAAGAAUAAUGUUGCCUUUCUUUGUCUUUUCAUGCUUGGUAAAUUGGAGGAUUGCCUUGAAUUAUUGGUGGAGAGUAACCGGAUUCCAGAGGCUGCGCUCAUGGCAAGGUCUUAUCUUCCAAGCAAAGUUUCAGAGAUUGUAUCAAUUUGGAAAAAGGACCUCAAUAAGGUUAAUCCAAAAGCCUCAGAGUCUUUGGCUGAUCCUGAAGAGUACCCAAACUUAUUUGAGGACUGGCAGGUUGCUCUGGCUGUUGAAUCAAAUCUUGCCCAUGACAGGGAUAAGUAUCCUCCUGCUGAAGAAUACCUGAGCUAUGCUGAAAAGUCACAAAUUAAUCUUGUGGAAGUAUUCAAAAGCAUGCAAGUUGAUGAAGAGAGACUGCCUCUUGAAAAUGGUGAUUCUGGCCAUGAGAUGAGGGAAGAGGAUGUCACAGAGGAAGGUCAAGACGAAGCUGUUGAGCAUGAUGUGAAUGAUUCUACAGAUAGUACUGUCCCGGUUAAUGAGAUCAAGGGUUAGAAACAGUGGAGUAUGAAUAAUAGAGGAACUCCACCAGCCUAAACACAAUUGGUUUUGGUAACUAUAGAAUCCAAAUUGUGUAUGGUGAUAAAUUGUUUCCAACCUCAAAUCGUACAUUUCUCUAGAAAAGUCACUAGUGCUACUGGUAUUAGAAAAAUCAGGUGUUUGUAACAUGAAAUGUUGGAUUAGAGCUCAACUUAGUCAUAUAGUAGACGAUGAAGGUUCUUUUUGUAGAUCAUUAUUCCGAUUGAUUCCUUCCAUAUGAUCAGCCUUGGCUGCAGAAAUUUAUCUUCA